AUGGAAGGAGAUAUUGCAAAUGCAAUAAUGCUUAUGGGGAUCGCUGAUUUGGUUCGUAGCCUCGGGAAUAGCGGCCACCGGCUGGUCACAGUGUACUGGAAAGCCGAAAGUGGCGUUUAUGUCAAUGCGUCGCAGUAUUUUGAAUUUCACAAACUACUUGGGCGGCGGGUGCAGUCACUGCACGUGAAACCUGUUAGGAUUGGCUUUAAUGGUUCGGCGGAGACGAAAGCUUUGACGGCGGAAGUCAGAGUGGCACGCAUGGUGUCCUUGCAGCACAAGCGCAGGUUCAUAUCGGAUAGUAUGGUGAGCACGAUGUGGGUCAAGAGCCCUGCUGAAAUUGACCGUUCGUCGCAGUAUGGCAUGCUGCCACAACUGGUAGAUAUUGAUAUUCGCUGCAUGGGCCGCUUUGUGUCAGGAAUAAGUGAAGAGUUUACCCCUAUGGAAUGA